UCCUUCAUUCCCGCCGGAGCAGGAGUCGCAGUUGGUCGGCUUUGUACAUGUGAAGCGAGCACAAGUCCGUGCUUUCACCGAGCAGCCGGAACAACAAGCGCCGGAGUCGGAAACCGGAACACAAGCCGUAACCGUUGAUAUUUUUUUCUGUGCUGGGUUCAGUUAUUGAGUGUGCUAGUGAUUAAAUGGGAUACACACAAUGUGCGUGUGCAGUGACAUUAAGUGAAAAGCCAAAAAUCAUCAGCUAACUAACUUUAAAAACUAUAAAUCGCUUAAACUUGGGAGAAAAUACCAGGAAAACAAAGAAAAACGCACGCGCAAAAAAUAAAUCAAACAACGCAAGAUUGCGCCCCUGCAGGCGUUUGUGUGUGAAGGAAUUUCUUCAAAGGAUAUUAAGCAAGAGAGCGAGAGAGAUUGACAAGAAGAGGGGAAGCCCCGUGCAGGCAGGACGACCAGUGUGCGAGCGAGAUGGACAGCUCGCCGGAUCUGUCGCUGAAAUUGCGACGCGGUUCCAGCGAUUCGCGGGAUAACUUCUACAUGGACUUUGCCCAAGGCAUCGACUCCGACAUCGAGGAGGUGGACAACACGGCAAAUCCAGAGGCCGUGGCCGUUCCCCCGCCGCCACUGCCCACAGUUUCGCUGGCCGAGGAGGUGCUGCUCUUGGUGGCGCCACCUCCGCCCUCUUUGCUGGGUCAGCCACUGCCCACGCUAACGGAAACGGAUGACAUUCCUCCCACGCCCACGCCACCACCACAGCAAAAGGACGAAGAGGAGGAGGAGCAAGAAGUAGAGGAUCAAGCUGAUCAAGAGCAAGGAGCAAGGGCAGCAUCUUCGCCACCGGGUUCGCCCAUUAAUUCAGUCCUGGAACUGGAGCUAAUACCACCCCCUCCACUGUCACCCAUGGAUGAUGCAGGCCUACGCACCGAUGACGAUGGCGAGGAGACCGAUGAUGCAGAGGAGGUGGUGGCCAUUCCACCACCCCAGGCAAUGCUAGAUAACCCUGAAGAGGAGCAGGAGGAGGAGCCGGAAGAAAGCGCCAAGGAGGAAGACGAGGAGGAGGAGGACGACGACAAGUCCACGCCACCGCCACCCCUGCCACCGCUUCCCUCCAAUCUCUCCUAUGUCCAAGGCCACAAUCUUGGCCAGGUGACCCCGCCCUUGACCAAGUCGCCAUCCAACUCGCCUUCUCCGCCCGUGACACCGCCACCGUGUCCGGAACUGAACAUCAGCCGGAUGGUAUCGCCACCGGCCCAGCACAUCAGUCAGAUACCCCCACUCACGCCCUCCGACGAAAGCGAGGGCGAGGCGGAGUCCCAGCCCAACUCACCGCCACCCAGAUUGGAGGCGGAACAGCCGCCACCCGGAAUGGAGCACGACGAACCGAACCCGGACCCGGAGGAUCAGCAGCCCGAACCGGAGCCCGUGAGCGGAGCUCGCGAAGACUACAGCCGCUCGCUGGACAACGAGGAUGAGUCCACCACCAUCACUACGCCGCCCAGCAACGGCUACUCCGCCUCCUCCAUCAUAGCUCCGCCGCCCGAGAACUUUGCGGAGUUGGAGGAGGACAGGGGCUUCAUACCGCCACCGCCCCUGGAGCAAGAGCCCGAGGAAGAGGAGGAGGAGGAGGAGUUGACCAAGGAGACGGAUGAGAUAUCCGUGGACAGGGAAUCGCUGCAGGAUCAGGCCGGCGAUAGCAUCAGUUCACCGCGGGCGGCCAGCAUCUUGACGGGAUCAAUUUCCACAUCAGUUGGAGGAGCAGGAGGGUCACCGAAGCCCGAAAGCCGCGGGCCGAGUCGCAGUGGCAGCCAACGGUCGCAGCUGAGAUCGGGAUCACAACAGGGAUCGUUGCCAGGAUCACGGGGUGGCUCUCGAAUAGGUUCCCGCACGGGGUCCGUGGCCUCCGCCCAAGCAGCUGGCGUUCUCUCCCCGCAGGCAUCCCUCAAAUCGCAAACCUCGAUACGCUCGCAAGGACAACACACGGCCGUACGAAGUCCCGUCGGAUCCAUCAAGUCCGGAUCGCAGCGCGUGCAGAGUCCGCCGGCCGGAGAGGGAGCCCCGGCGAUGCCCUCGCCACCACUGAUGCGGAGUCCGCCGCCGGAGUUGGCACGCCAGAUGCACAGUCCGCCAAGGAUCACGACGCCGCCAAGGGUCUGUAGUCCGCCGCUGGUCAGCAGUCCGCCCAAACUGGCCGAGUCUGCAGCCGCCGCCGUGGGAGUUGCAGCCGGAGUCAAGGAGCAGAUCAGUUCGAGCAGCAGCACCGCUGAGCCACCGGAGCCAUCGAAGUCACCGAUAGCCACUGUGAGCUACCAGGAUGAGCAGCAGCAGCAGGCACAAAAGCCACCGGCGGCGGCGGCGGUGGUCACCAGUCAGCCAAGGUCGCACUUCACGAGCAGCCACCAUCACUACCACUUGCCGCACCAGUUCCAGCAUCCGCACCACCAGAACCACCAUACCCACAGUGUCCGGGUGCCCACGCCCACUGUGCCCAGCAGCUAUGCCCCGCCCCCGCCCCCAGGGGACAGCGGGAGCAGCAGCUCGCCCGGGGAUCGCCGGCGGCUCUUCAUGGCUGCAGUUCCUCCAAUUGCCACUUCGUCAUCCCUGAUGACCGCGUCCGCUGAGCCGGCGGUGGCCAUAUCUCCGGGCAGAGUGUCAGCCCGCUCGGGAUCGCAGCACCAUGUGACCAUCGACGAGUCCAGCCUGCCCAGUCACCGGGGCAGCAACAUCGUCCAGGAGACGCCGGGCCCCAGUGGCCUGAUCAUAGGCGGUGGAGAUGGCGACGGCGACCGGGACAUUGGCGGCGGCGGAGGAGGAGGCGACAGCUCGGAUCCGCCAUCAUCGCCCGGAGGCAGCAGCUCCCAGCCGGGAGCCCUUAGCGGAAGUCAGGCGGACGGACAGCUGGAACUGAUGUACCACUCGCACCAGCUGACCAACUACCCGGUGCUGCCUGCCAUCAAGCGCACCCACCGGCCAUCAUUCGUCUAUCCGCCGAUGCCCAGGGUCAAGGCCGGCGAUGCACUGGCCACUCUUUUCUCCGCACUCUAUGGCAAACUAUUGGUCGUGAUGGGCAUAGCAUUUCCCAUGGCAGAGGUUAUAUCAACCUAUAUCCCACCCUCCUUUUAUGAGGUUUACUAUUUGUACUUGUACAUUGGCAGCAUGAUAUUUCUGCUCUUUAUGUACGCCACUUUGUUAUGGGGACGUCCCAAGUUGCCGGUUCCAAUUGCCACUUCACCGAACAAGUCGACGACGAAGGCGAGCGGAACGGACAGCAUGGACGAGUCGGAUACGGAUAGUAACUCCGUGCACCACAGACUUCCUCCGGCGAUUCCAGUGAGGCGACCAUCGCUCCUCGCGCCGCUCGGAAGGCGGGAUGCCCACUAUGGCAGCUUCUAUCUGCGCAUGGGCGCCGUGGCCUUCGGAAUCGGCAGCAUGAUCUACUCGGGUCUGGAGUUUGGGCAGUAUUUCGAGCUCAAUCCGGAUACCAAGUGCCACAACGUACUGCUGGCCUUGACCCCGGCCACCCGGAUGGCCUUCAUCUUCAUCCAGAUGUACUUUAUCUUCCUGAACAACGAGCAGAUCAAAGUGUAUCGCUACAAGAUUAUUGCCCGCUUCGGCCUGAUGCACAUGAUCGGAACGAACUUGGCCGUCUGGCUGAAUGUGUUGAUCCAGGAGACGAAGCACGAGAUAUUGACGUUCUACAAUCCGGAGAACCGCACGCUUAGAAUUUCACACAGGAUACCGGGUCACUCGAGGGGCCAUGCCAUAGUCCAGCACGAUCCGACGGCCCAUUUGCGGGUGCCGCGUGGUCUGAAGGGACCUUAUCAGAUCUUCGAGUGCCGGCGAACGAACAUAAUUGGAACCCUGGUGCAAGAUGCCUCGCCCUUCCUCUUUCCCUGCACCAUUGAGUACUCGCUGAUCUGUGCGGCCAUACUGUACGUGAUGUGGCGCAGCAUCUCGCGGCCACAGACGCCGACGCCCCAGCGCCCGGACAUGAUCAGUUCGCCGAUGAAGCGUUCGCCGCACCACUACUCCGUGGACUGUGCCCGCGCCCACAAGGGCCUGUUCGUGGGCAUACUCAUCCUGGUGCUGACCAUCAUAUCGCUGAUUAUCUUCUUUGUGCUGAUCUCUCGGCCGGAGUUCGUGGCCCUGGCCGUCACCGAGGUGACCAUUUGCGAGCUGCUGAUCUACGGAACGGCCACGAUAGCCACCUUGGUGGGGAUGAUCCAGAUCCGUCAUCUGCAGUAUGACGCGUACAGGAGCUUCUCCCUGGACGACAUACUGCUGGUGGGGGCGCAGACGGGUUCGUUUCUGUACAACAUCUUCACGGUGAUAGCCGGCCACUUUACGCUGCGCAGCGAUGACAUGCUGGUGCCCAUCAACGCCCUGGCCUCCAUUGUGCAGACCGCGUGCCAGACGAUGUUUAUUUUGGAUGCCAGCCGCAGGCAGGCCGUCAGUCCGGAACAUUUGCGCAAGAAGCCGGGUCGCGAGAUCGUCACCUUCAUGCUGGUCGUCAAUCUGGCCAUGUGGGCCAUUAGUACGCUGGAGAAAUCGCGUGCCGAGUCGCAUCCCAUACAGCUGAACUUCUACGGCUUGUGGGCCUGGACGAUCAUAACGCAUGUGUCGAUGCCGCUGGCCAUAUUCUAUCGCUUCCACUCGACGGUCUGCCUGUGCGAGAUCUGGAAGCGGGCCUACAAGCUGAAGCCGACGUAUAUGUGAGAAUUCGCCCGCUCGCGCAUCCAGAGCAUUGCGCAGCAGCAGCAAUUCUGCGAGGAUCUCAAGACGAACCUGUCCUACUGCUACUGCUCUACGACGCUGGCUGGCGGUGAGCUGGAGACCGUCGAGGAGGUUGAGAGCGGGGCGAGCAAUUCGGGUGGAUCGGGAGGAGGAUCAGGAGGAGGAUCGGGAGAAGCAGGAGCAGCAGGAUCAGGAGGAGCAGCAGGAGGAGCAGCAGCAGGAUCAGGAGGAGCAACAGACGAACAGCAACAAGGCGGCGACAGCAGCUGUGGACUGAGGGCACCCAUCCGGGCGCUGUCGCCGCAGUCCCUCAACACGGAAAAGGCCUUCUGUCCGGUUUACGUGAUCAACGGCGAAUGAGUUUACGCGCACUUUGAGUUCAUCGACGCCAUCAGCGGCCAUGAGCUCAGCUUUGUCUAGGACUUGCAUCCGCUAUAGGGCUCAUAGCCGUCACCUUACAACCACCACCAACACCAACACCACCAUCACCAUCAAUCCACCCACCAACAAAAAACUAGGAACCCAUCUUCGAGAGCAACAUCCACCAAAAGCUAAAACAUAUAAAUCCAAGCGGAUGCAAGCGUUGAAAGCCCAAAAACAUAUCCUAGAAAAGAAACAUUAGAAAGCAAAGUCCCAAGCAAGAAUAAAUCAAAACUCUAAGAUAAAUCAAAGGAUUAACCCUUGAGCUCACAAAGCUAAGAGAAAUCAAUGAAGAAAUCCCAAGCAAUGUCAUUAGGGCGUAUACGCAAUAAAUUAAAAGCCAUUGCCGCUAGUGCGUAUACGCAAUAUAUUAAAUGGUUUAUGCUCAUAACGCUUACUUUCUACCUGAAAGGGAUUUUUCCAAACAUAAUUCUUAAAUGUUCCAUUAAAUCAACAGAAAAAAAAUUCAUUUGCCUGGUUUUUAAGUUUUCAUAAAAUACAGUUAAUUUUUCCUACUUUAAACUCUUAAAAAAAACGUUUAAACAUUUCCUUUCUUUCAAAAAGACUUUAUAAAAUUUGAUAUAUUUAUAUAAACUCCCUUUGGUAGCAAGUGAGCGUUAUGAGAAUUAUUGUAGGCAAAUCACGUAACCGUAGAUGAAUUCAUGUUUACCCCCUACAUACAAUUCCAAAUUAACAAUCACGUUUGAUAAAUGUUGGAAAUGAUUGCAAUCAAAAAACAUUUUAUAUAUUUAUAUAUAGUAACUGACUGAGGAUCAGCAAAACGGGUUGUGAACCAACCGCACUACGACGUAUGCCGCUUAACUAACGAUCAACCAAAUAGAGAGCAGAUAUACCAAAUAUGUAUAACCCAAAAAGCGAGUUCUAUAAAAGAUAUUUACAAGGCUAAUUAAUCGGUGUUCCAAAUAUACUCGAUAUAUUUUAAAAAUUAAAAGUUGAACGCAGAAAGGCGAGAAGAAAAGUGAAAAAAGCUGAAGAGAAAGGAGAGGAAGAAGAAGAAGAAGAGUAAGCAUAGGAGAAGUCAUUAACCCCACCAGAAAUCGAGGAACCGCAAAAGUUAUUAAACAACACUGUACUACAUAGUAGACGGUAUACACAACCUAGCACCUAAGGAUAUAUACUCACAUGCAUAUGUAGAAGUUCAAUCCAGAUGGCAAAAGACCUCCUUUUGAGAACCCUUAAGAACCCUUAAGAACCCCUUAAAAAUCCCCCUCCCAUGGAUCGUUUUAACCCCUUGUUGAGAUGCUUGAUUUGUAGCAUAGCAUUAAUACUGAAUUUGUUAACUUUAAUUCGAGAUAAGAGACAUCUUGUUAGGAACCUUGUUUUGCCCGAAUAGGUUUUUAUGUGAUACGUUUGUGCUUGUUCCAGGUCCAGUUCUAGUUCCCUUAAUCCCUGCAAACCCCAUUUCAGUAUUAUUAAAGCUCAACAAAAUAAUGUAGAAGGACAAAUCAAGAGAUUGCGAAAAUAUUCCAAUGAAAACACUUACUGUAAGACGCACAAAUCUAUUUUAGGAGGUAUAAAUAUGUAUGUCUGUGUUUUUUUUUUCUCUACCAUAAUGGUAUAAGAUAUCUAGGAUAUAGACUCCACUUACACAUACAAUGCGAUAUAUAUUUUUCAAUGCCAAAGAGUUCUUUACGUAGCCUAUGUUGUAAUUGCUUUCUUGUUGAUUUCGAGUUUUUUGAAUCUACUGACUCAUCCAUUGUAAAUUCAAAGUUAUAUGAAUGCCAAAAUCGAAAUCAAAACCAAAAACACGAACAAAAAAAUCUUAAGGAACAACAAAAUAUAUAUAUAAAUAUAUAUAUAUUAAAUUAGUUAUUUCAAUUUUAUACUCUUACUAAAUUUUUAACUAGAAUUAACUGUAACUUUAUAUGCAUUUUCUUACAUGUAUUUAUUGUACACCGACUCGGAACACUGCUCGAAAAAUCGCAUAUUCAGCGAAAAAUCAAAAUUGAAAAUUGUAUUGUAUUUACAGCCGAUUGUAUUAGAAUUUAUUGAAACUAAGUAGGUACGACGAGAAAUCGAACUCAUUAGAGGAACUCCUAUUCCACGUAGAAUCGAAACGAAAAACGAAACCAGCAAAAGAACAUUUUAUGCGAUUUAUAAAUAGAAAAGCCAAAGAAAACCGAUAAAAACCGAAAAAAAACCAACCGAAAUAUUCAAGUUAUACCCGAAAACCAUUAUUUGUUCAUAUUACUCAAAAAGGAAAAUCAAAAUAAAUGUAGUAAUCGUAAUUGUGGGACUCACUUUGUAAUUCGAACUGACAUGAGAAUUGUUGAUAACUGUGCGACUGUUCCUAUUCGUUUCUAUAAUUGUUUCUCAAUGGAUCAGAAAUACAUGUUUCUAUUCGAUCCAUUGUCUGUUCUUCAUCUAGUUCUUUAUAAAAUUCCAUUCACUCUGACACGUUAAAUUCUUAACAAAUUUCUUUGGGUGGUUUCGUUUACUUUGAACACCCAAAAUUACUUCGUAAAUUGUAUCAUUUGAUUUUCAAUAUCAAUAAAUGUAACCAAUUAAAUUGUUCAAGUAUUCCUUAGGAAUAUUUGGUUUAUUCGAAUAGUAAUCUAUUCAUAGAUUAAGAAAUUGCACUUUCCAUAAAUUUUUCGCGAUCUUUCUCUGUUCUUCAACCAUUUUCAAGGAUAUACGGAAUGUAUGUAUAUGUAUGCCCCCAUAAUAUCUUUAAAAAACAGAUAAAUAAUCUUUGAUCCCCAUUCAUGAAAAACUUUUCAGCAUUUAAUAAACACCAUUCGCUUUCAAACUUCUUCCCAUAAUACUCAACCAAUACAACUUGACUAAGCCUAGGAAAAGCAAUUUGUAUUAAGUGUUACAAGUAUUUAUAUGUAUUUACAAUAAUGGCUAUGAAGAUAAAGUUAAAAAUCCAAGAUAAAACUAGUCGUGAAUGUUCUGUGUUCCCCAAAAAUACAUCACCCCCGUACACCCGAAAAAAACUAUAUUGACUAUAAAAGAGCAGUAAAUAUGCAAUAAAUAUGAAUAAUAAAUUGAAACGUAAUUCGAUUACUA